CGGAGUUUGACGCGCAGAAGGAGACGCUGCUUCUCUUUCAAAUCGCCGCGGUUUGUUUUGACUCUCUGGUGAUUUAUCAUCAGUCUCUAGAGUAGAAACCACGACAACAGCUCUAACAAACAGAUGCACAUCAUAACGCUAAACCUGUCGCUGGUAGAGUUUUGAGGAAUAUCCUGAACAAACGAGCUAUUUCUGGCGAGUUUUUGUAUAUCGAUGUGAGUUCAGUCUUCAGCUUCCAGGAUCUGAAGAGUCGCAUGAUGCUGGAACCAGCGCAGAUCCGUCGGAGAGGCGCUCAGGAUUUUGAAGGUUACUAUGAUCAUGUGUGUGCGGCUCAGGGAUCAGCUCCUGUCCGUGCGGUGAAAGCCAGCCUGAGUCGGGGGAUGUUAGAGUUUAACCCUGAUCACAUCAGUCUAGCGGACUGGACACCCAUCCUGUCAGCCCUCGCCAUCAACAAACACCUCCAGCAUGUUGCUGUCAAGAGCUGCCACCUCACCAGCACUGCAGCUCACAGUUCUUACAGGUCUCAUAAGAAGAAGAUCCCUGUGAUUCAUUCCAAGAAUAUGACUUUUCAGUUGUGCAAGGCUGUGCAAAAAUGCAUGUGUGAGUCAAGCAGCCUAAAGACCCUUCAGCUGCAAGGUUUGCCUCUGAGAGAAAGAGACCUCACAGUUCUCACCAAGGGUUUAGCUAAGAGUGUGUCAUUGGAGCAUCUGUCUUUAGCACACUGUCCAAUUGCAGAUCAAGGUUUGGAAGUCAUCUGUCAGAGUGUGAAAUAUUCCUCAACGAUUAAGACAGUGGAUUUCACUUCCUGUAAUAUUACGUGGCAGGGAGCAGAGCAUAUGGCGAACAUCAUAAAGCACCAUGCAAUGAGACGGCAUAGCACUGCGUGGGUGGAGACGUUACGCUACAGGAGAGCCGAGUUUGAAGCCAUGAGCGGACUGCGCAGAAUUACUCUCAAUGACAACAUCCUGAUCGGAGACAGAGGAGUGAUGGCACUCGCCCGCGAGCUUACAGAGGACCUGUGGGUCAAAGCGGUGGACCUGCAGCGUUGCGGGAUCUCUAACGAAGGAGCUCAAGUUCUAGAGCAGAUGCUUCAGUCCAAUUCCACUCUGUGUGUGCUUGACAUCAGGAGAAACCCACUGAUCGAUAAUAAUGUGGUGAAGGCAGUGCUCAAAAAAGUUCUCAUCAACACUAAAAGCCAUGACUCACAGUAUCUUUGGCUUAAACCUCCUUCUCCUAAAAGCGCUCUUGAUCAGUCACGGCAGCUGAGGAGGAAGAAUGCAGGAAAAGCCACAUAUCGCAUUAGCUCUCGCCGGUCCUCCUCUGUAAACUCUGUGUGGAGGCCUCCUCGGCCUGGUUCAGUGGGGUACGUCCCAUGGCGCACUGCUGCACGGGCUGGCUUACAAAGAGGUGCAUCACAGGCUGAUGGGCUGACAGACCAGAGCUUUCAAAACGCCUCCUCUGUGCGCGUAACCAUGGAGACGGAGUCAGAGUCAGAGGAGGUGGAUGCUGCAGAUGUACCGAGUCCUCAGGAGAAAAUCACUAGCUACCAGUUCAGACGAGUGCAGAGAGAGAAUAAUCGAUUACAGGUUGAGCUGGAAGAGUGUCGACUGAGGCUGACGGAGGAGAGGAACAACAGGCUGAAAACCAACUCUCGCCUGGUGGAGCUGGAGCUGGAGAAUGAGCGUUUACGGAGUCUGAACCAAUCCCUGUCUGAAGCCCAUCUCAGCGCCUCUGUUCUGGAGGACGAACAUGUGCUGGAAAGCAUCGAAUCCUCCUUCCAAAAAUUCCACGCAUUCUUGGACCUGCUGAAAGACGCUGGGCUUGGCCAGUUUGCGUCAAUGGCUGGAAUAGACCAGUCAGACUUUGGGCUUCUUGGACAUCCUCAGCUCUCCUCAACAGAGAGGACAAGGACACACGCCGACCAAGAGAGCCAGAGAAAUGAGGAGAGGAGGGAGAGCUUAGCAGUGAGUAGAAAUCAGAGAAGCAAGACAAAUUAAAAGAAUUAUUUAAUACAAAUCAAGAAUCAUUAUUUUAUUAAAGAUCGU